ACGUCAAGCUGUCGUUUAGAUUUGUAUUUGUGUACAUCAUCAGAAAAGGUUUCUCUUUUUCUGAUUGCACUUUCGAUAGAUAACAUUUGCUAAAAAAACAUUACUGGAAUUUGCACGAUAACUAAUUUUCCGUUUGAUAAGCUGACCUGCUGUCAAACAAUUGAUAUAAUUCUGUUAUACAUUGAAUCAGUCCAGUGUUGAGUGCUUAAAUAAUUGAAAUAUCCGAGAUGUUAACGGCUACCUGCAAAGCUGCUCCAAAUAUCGCUGUAAUCAAAUACUGGGGAAAACGAGAUGAGGAACUAAUUUUGCCAGUUAAUGAUUCGUUAAGUGGGACAUUGUCAACCGAUGAACUAUGUGCAAAAACCAGCAUCACAGCUGACACCACGUUUACCGAAGACAAAAUGUGGUUAAACGGCGAAGAAGUUACCAUUUGGGAUAAUGCGAGACUUAAAAACUGCAUUGAAUAUUUAAGAGGAAUCGGCGAAAAGAAGUUAACCGACAAAUCAGUACUGAACUAUAAGUUACACAUUUGUUCGGAGAAUAAUUUCCCGACCGCCGCUGGCUUAGCAUCCAGUGCCGCUGGAUAUGCUUGUUUCGUGUACACUUUGGCAACACUGUACGGAUUGGAGAAUCAGGAGCUAACCGCCAUUGCUCGCCUUGGUUCGGGCUCAGCGUGUCGUAGCAUUUAUGGUGGUUUUGUCCAAUGGAAGAAGGGUGAAUUGGCCGAUGGUAGCGACUCAAUUGCAGUUCAAAUUGCUCCGGCCAGCCAUUGGCCAGAAAUGCACGUACUCAUUUUGGUUGUCAGCGAUGCACGAAAAAAAGUCGGAUCAACGGUUGGAAUGAGAUUGGCUGUGGAAAACUCCGAAUUACUUCGAUUUCGGGCAAGUCACUGCGUACCAAAGCACACGGAACAAAUGAAACAAGCCAUUUUGAACAAAGAUUUUGCCACCUUUGGCGAAAUAACCAUUCGAGAGAGCAAUCAAUUCCAUGCCAUAUGUCUGGAUACCUAUCCACCAUGUGUCUAUAUGAACGACCGAUCGCAUAGCGUGUCUCAUUUUAUUCAUAAAUACAACGAAAACGCCGGCGAAGUCAAGGCCGCCUACACUUUUGAUGCUGGAGCUAAUGCUUGCGUGUACUUAUUGGAGAAUGAAGUGGCAAAAUUUAUUUCAUAUCUCAAUGCGUAUUUCCCAAAUGACGAAUCACCAAGCGACGAAUAUGUUCGAGGAAUUCCAGUUCAACCGAAUCCUCUGAGUAAUUCGGAUCUUCAAUCUUUCGGAUUAAGUGCUACAAUCAGCAAGAACACCUUCAAGUAUAUAAUUCACACGAAAGUGGGUGAAGGACCACAAAGACUAGACAACAACGAGUCACUAUUGGGAGCCGAUGGGACUCCAAAGAAUUUGAAGUCAUAAAAUUGAAAGAGAUCAAUUCAUACGCAUAUUUGAGUCAGCUAAACAAAAAAACAAACUUUUGGUGUAGGGAAAAAUUAUUAAAAGGGUUAAAAUUAGUUAAAAAAAUUCGUCAGAGACCUCAUCACACAAUAGGUGCAAUUCUUAAUACAUUCAUCUUGGCAUUACUAGAACAUUGAAAAGUAGUGAGAAAAAAAGAACACUUUGACCAAUUCAUUGGUAUUUAUGGAAUAAUUUAUUGUUUUUCUAUCCUAAAUUGUUUAAAAUAAACUCGUUCGAAUUUUGUUUA